AUGGCGUAUUUGUCGAAAUUGGCCACUUUCACAUACAAAAUUAAAGAUAUUCUUGAAACUGUGAAUUGUUGUUGUGUUUGUUGUCAUAAAACUAUUUUUAACGAUAUCUAUAAAGAGUCACUUAAAGAUAUAUUAAAUAACCAUAAAAAAUUUAAUCCUCAUUCACAAUUAUAUAUGACCAAAAUUAUUGAAAACUAUGGAAAUCACUUAUGUCUUUGCCUAGUCAUAGAUCAUUUAUUACUACCAACUAUUGAAAUAACCACAGGCUACUUUGUUGACAUUGUAUUUGAUUUUUUAUAUAACAUAUGUAGAAUUUUUGAUAAAUAUUCUUACACAACACGUCAAAUUAUUGAUAUUUCAAAGUUUAUCCUUUUAUUAAUCGUUUUUAUUUAUAAAAUUGUAAUUUCAAUUGAAAAAAGAUACCUAUGCAAAUGUGACAGAUCAACGUGCUGUAAAGGUGGCAAUAGAAAUAGUUUUUGUACUUGUUGUUCACCUAAAAAAGUCCAAUGCUGCUAUUGCGCAGAGAGUAAAGCUGACUGUAAUUGUUGUUGUAAAGAAAAUAAUAAAAAAUGCUGUCCAGAACGAUGUUCCAACGGUCGUAAUUGUGAAUGUUGUAGGUGUUGUUGUAUUUGUUUUUGCAGAUCAUCAAAUGAUCCAAAUUAUUAUUACUUCGUAUCACUGAUUCUUUAUUUAUCCCACUUUUUAGAAGAAGUAUUCACUUUUGACAAUGAAACAAUUAGAAUAGCAACAGAAUAUUUGUCAAGUUUGAUUAGCGAAUUUGAUUUGAUGGAUUAUAAAAAAAUUAUUAAGAAGUUAGAUAAGAUAAGAAUCACUAAGUUACCAGAAAAGAUAAAAAUGCUAAUAUCUACUUCUACUGAUAUAUCAACUUUGAUCCUACAAAAUAACAACCAUACUUUAAUUUUGAGCAUACUUUCAAGAUAUCAAAGAAAGCUAGUUAACGGUUCAAUAAAAAAUUAUUAUGAAACAUUUGCGUUAGUGCCAAAUGUUGCAAUAAUUAGUCCAAAUUUUACUUUGUUUUAUCAAGAUCUUUCAGGCUUAACACAUUUUAUUAUUAACAGUAAUGAAUUUUCAUUAAAAACAAAAAUAUUCGUAAAACGUUCAAUUGGUAUCGUAUCAUCAAAAUACUUAGAAGCUAUACUUAACAGAAGAAAAAGCAAAACACAAUGCUGUCAAAACAAAAAUUGCAAGUUUUGUAAGAUAAUUUGUAAUUCAGUGUGUUUAAUUUCAGGUGAAAUGAAUAUUAUAUCAUCACAAGUUUUAAGUACAUUGACCCUAUGUAUUGUCCAAAAAUCAGAUAAACUCUUAAAAUUAACAAAGUUGUUGUUCGAAAAUUUUAAUCAAUCAAUUGGUUGUAAUAAAGAUCUAAUAAUAUACACCAAAAACUCCAGAAUAAGCGAAUCUACACAUGGCCUUUUGUAUGAAAGGGACGGUAACUUUGACCACAUUAAUCCUAAGUACUUUGGUUACGAUGAUGUUUAUAGACCCAGUCCACAGUUUGGAUCUGGAUACUUUAAGUUUGUGAUUAGCAGAGUGUUCACUGUCAUUGUACUGGUGGUUCUAUUCAUAUUCAUAAGGACUAGAUUUGACAGAUUUGUCAAUACAGAUAUCUUUGGCAGAUACUUGAUCAAGGUAGAUUCCAACAUUGGUAGGCUUAGGGAGGUACUUCACAACAGACUGAGUCACAGCGUUAGGAACAUUAGCAGGAUGGGAAGUCUUGACGAUCUGCUAGGUGACAUGUCGGAAGGUGAUGUUGGUCAUAACCUAGUCUUUCAUCAUCCAGAGCGGUAUCAAGAUGUCAUUGAUAAUAUGGGUAUGGCUGACAUGGGCCACUAUGAUGCUAUGUCUGAUAUUGACACACUGUCUGAUACAUUCACAGAUACUAGCUUUGAUGGAACCACUAAGGCUGUCCAGGAGUCCAGGAGAAGAAAGGUUGGUUUCUACAUCCUCAUCAUUGUGUUCUCACUUCUGUCCGCACUGUAUCUGAACUUUGUAGUUAGAGACCUAUCUGUAAUGCUACAGCUAGAUCAUACCACCUGGUCUUACUUCAUUAGCAUAACGGUGUUGAUGGGCAUGAUCAUUAGUCUAGUGGUUAAGUAUUGUGUGCACCUGUAUGAUUUUGUGUAUGUGCUGGAGAACUACAGUAAUAAGCUGACCAAGAUUGAGAGCUUCGUCGAUGACAGUUUUGGAGGAGUCACUGGUAACCUAACUUACACAUCUAAGUUCGUCCUGCUGUUCCAACUGAUGAGGAGUAUGAAAACUGACCUGGUAUCUCUGUUUAGUAUGAACUAUCCAUAUCAAAUUCCUGCACACAGUCUUAUGAAGAAUAAGGUAUAUCCUUACAAGGACAUGACUGGUGGCAUGGAGAGAAUGAUGACAUGUGAGAACAUUGAGUGUAUUAGGAGAAUGGUCCUGGAUUCUAUUGGCACACCAGAAUCCAUGGAUCUGCAAAAUGUUCUUGACUUCGUGUCAUAUGUUACUGUCAGGAACACAGCUGAGUUUGAUCAGUACCGUGGUUACUUUAGUGGCAAUGAACGGUAUCUGGCUUGGAGACUUGGGAAACUUCUGGGUCACAACUUCUUCCUACUGACCUAUGGCAGAUACUCAUGCAUGCUUGAGAUGGAUCACAGGAUUAGGAAACUCAGGAUACCAAGCGCUCAGUUUCUUAACUGUCAGUUCCUAUGGCAACUAUUUGGUAAUUAUGAAUCUGACCUCAUAUCUCUGAAGUGUCUGGGUGUAGAUUCAAUAGGCAUUCCACUAACUCAUGUACAGAAGGAUGUCCUCAAGAAUAAGUUCGCGGAUGAGUACCUUGAUGCGUUCAAAAAGUACCAAGAUUUCUUGAUCAGAAAACUUCAUAUUAAAGCCUCUAAGUGUUAUGACUCACCCAGCUGUUACUUUCCAUAUCCAGAACUCAUCAACGGUACACUGGACAGGGACAAAGUAACUAGGCUCACAAGAGAGUACUUUGGUGACAGCAGCAGGAGACUAAGCCUGUCACUGCCUACAACUAACUGUGAUGUUACCAAGAAGGUUGUUAACGGAAAAGGUGCUGAGUCACCUGGUGUUUCAGUUACUCAGUUCUGUGAUCAUUGGUUAUAUAUGAGACUUGGUUGUUGUGAGACUGAGGAUUGUGAGAAGGGAGUCAGAUUCGCUCACGACCUGAUAAUGUCAAAACUAAACGGUGACUCUGAUGUAUUUGAGUCAAUCAAGGAUACCGUCGCUAGUCUUAAGCUGAGUAUCCUGAAUACAGAAGAGACUUAUGAGACACCAGAGGAUAUCCACGUACCCGUGAAGUCUUCAGAGCAUAGAUCACUGAAGGACUAUACUUACAAACUUAAUGAGUUUAGAUAUCAGACAACAGAUACCUACCAGGAUACAGUUCUUGAUUACCUGAACAGAUACAUGAUUGAGACUAUGACUAAUAGGGAGAAAAUCAUGGUGCCACUAGGAAUAUUCCUUACCUGGUACGGAAUUCCAGUAUGUGAACAGCAUUUAAGAAAUAUGGGUAAAUUUCAAUAUCUGAUAUGA